AUGCCGUGCUGCCGCCGCGCGGACGGACAAAGUGUUAUUGUUGAUUUGAAGUUAAUGCGGUAUUCAGGGUGUUAAUUAAACAACGUUGUAUGUUCUUACUUUUACAAGAACUAGAAUCAUGGCAUUGAUACUUAAUAAUUGCAGACAUUUUGCUGAACGCUACGUUUCUUCAAUACUGAAUUUACGUAUUCGUAGUAUUUCUUGCAGUGCCGUAAAUAAUGAACGGGACAGCAUUCAUCGUUCAACAGCAAACAGCCAAUUGCUCUACGUAAACCAAGGAGCUCAAGCUCAGCUGGGCCGUCGUGCCUGGUCACUUCUCACUAGGCAAAGCCUGGGCAAGCAAGGCCUAGGUUAUCGUAACUUCUCAACAACGCAUGCAACUUUUCAACAGCCAGGAGUAUCAAGCGCUUCUUUAUUGAGCAUGUCCCCUCAGAAUUUCAUUGACUAUUUGAAAUCUCAAAAUAUUAAACGACUUUAUUUGGUGUUCGAUCCUGAAGAGCAGACCGUGAGAGUUUCUCAUCCAGAUCUGGAGGAAUUGAAAACAUUUCUUCUAAAUGACAAGGUUGAUUUUGAUGAACAUGAAGGCGUUUUCAUGCAGUUAGGAAAGAGGACAAACUGUCUACUCGGUGCUUUUAUAUGGCGUACAAACAGGGGGCAAGCGUGUGGAGGCAUACGGUUGUGGGAUUAUUCUGACAUGGAGGCCUACAUAAGAGAUGGACUACGACUUGGACAGGGCAUGGGUGUCAAGUCCGCCCUUGCUGGUUUGUGGUAUGGAGGCGGUAUGGGUCUGGUUCCUGAACCACCAGAUAAACAGCAUCGGCAGCCUGAGUUUCGUACACAACUGUUUUACGACUUGGGCUGUUUUUUCUCUUCUCUUAAUGGUUGCAUUGUUGCUGCAGAGGACGUUGGUUUGAAUGUAUCUGAUUUGAACAAUGUACAUAUGUUCACCAGGUACACAACGUGUAUAUCAGAGAAUAAGGGCGGUUCCGGCAAUCCUUCAAUCGCUACCGGAAAGGGUGUUGUCUGUGCAAUGGAGGGUGCUUUAGACUUUCUGAAAAUGGGUGCCUUAGAUGGAAAACGGAUUGCAAUACAGGGUGCUGGCAAUGUUGCAACUGUCAUUGUUGAAGAGCUGCUACAGAAAGGUGUUUCGCACAUUUAUGUGACAGACUGUCACCAGAUACGGGUGACAGAUAUGAAGAACAGAUUCCAUCCACAGUAUAGUGACGUAUUACAAGUAGAGAAGGUUGACAUUGAUGAUAAUUCCGUAGCAGGAUAUCCAUGUGACAUUUUCUCGCCUUGUGCCCUUGGGAAUGUUUUGAAUAGUGACACUAUUCCUAUGAUACAAGCAAAGAUUGUCUGCGGUGCAGCAAACAACCAACUAGGAUGUCGUGCAGACAAUGAACUACUGAAAGAACGAGGCAUCACUUAUAUUGUUGACUUCUUAGCUAAUAGAAUGGGAAUUGUAAAUUGUGCGAAUGAAGUGUAUGGUAGACUACCAGAUGACCCUGCAAUUACACGACACUUCAACAAGGAGUGGGAGAACUCGAUAUUCAACAUAACUAACAAGAUUCUAAGGAAAGCUGAAGAUGAUAACAUCACACCAGUAGAAGCAGCCAAUGAGAUUGCAGAUAAGUUGAGCCGCGAUCUUCAUCCUAUUUGGCCGAACCGAAGCAAACAAAUUAUCAAGUCACUGGUAGAUAAUGAGUGGCAUUUGAAGGCUCUUGUAUAAUGGGGUGUCAUGUUGAUGAUGUCAUCAAUUUGUUACUGUGAUGCAUGCUGGGCAUGGUAAAUGCUGGUUGUGUUUAUAUACAUAGGUCAUUUCAUUUCAUUUCUUUAUUCGACCAAAAAAAAAAUACUCUACAAGAAUUAGAACAAACAAUAAAACAAAUGGUCAGGAAAAACUAAAGCGACAAAAGUCGCUAUGACUCAGGAGUCAGUAAUUCCAACAUAAAAUAAAUCUAUAUAUUAUAUACAAGACAUAAAAUACAAAUAAAAUAAGACUUCAAAAUGGAUAAUAGUCAUUAAAAUGAAGGUUAAAAUUUUAAAAUUAAGUAAUAACAUACUUUAUAUAAGAAACUGACACAUUGCCAUAAUUGUUUUAAAAAGGUUAAAAAGUGCAGUACAUUUGAUUUGAUAGUGAUGUUGAUAAUAAUAAUAAUAAUAAUAAUAACAAUAAAAUACUUUUAACCCUAAAACCCUAAUUGCAAUAAAGAGACUUCCUGAAGUUAGAAAUAAAAGUCAGCAAAGGAAAGGUUGCUUACACCUGAUGAAUAGCAAGGCUUGCUUAAGUCCCUUGCAUAUUUAUUUAGGCUUUGUUGUUGGCUUUGAGAUUUUCAAAUGCUGAACAUUAAUUUUAUAUUUUCUAACAAUAAUACAGAAUUAAUUGACCUUAGACCUAGUGAAAAGCAAUGCUUGUCUUGAUCUAUUGAGUACUACGUUGUUAUGUCACGAUACCGCGUGAUACUAUUCCGUUGCUAUCAGCGACCAAAAAUGCACUCAUCAGGAUCCUUGUCUCCACUGACAAACCAUUGAUUUCAAUUUCUAACGUAAAUUAUUAUUAUUAUGUUGCAUCUUAAUUUUUCUUUGUAAAUUUUAAUUGAUGAUUAAAUAUAACUUUGAUAACUAAUACUGUAUAUGGUAAGCUUUUGUGUUUUCUAAACCAUUAUGAUUAUGAAGUCAUUUGAGGCUUG